UCACCAAAAUGGUGCAGAGGUGAAGGAGGGAGCCGGGAGGAAGGGGAAGAGGUGGCGGCUCGGCCUGGGCGCUGCGGGGACAGGUGCUGGGGGUGAGGCUGCAGCUUGGGAGCUCGCGGUGCGUUUGAAGAGAGGCUGCUGGCCUCUGUGCCUCAGUUUCCCUUUUGUUCAGCGCUGUUCCCCUCACGGCAGUGUGCUGUGGUGAUGGGCUCUGCACAAGUGCCACAUGCUUGUGACCACCAGUAGAUGACCAGCACAAGGCCAGCUGAAGCCGCUGGGCUUUGCCCCAUGGGUCUCCUCCCAUCUCCCAGUGUUGGAUUGAGGAGCGGUGGCUGCAGCUCAUCCCUGCCAGGAGCAGAAGAUGCAGGAGGCUGCAUAGCAGGUUUCUGAGCAGCUGCUGACCUCUCAGCCCUGCUGGAUCUGGCCACACGUGACGGUACCAUGAACUGAGCACGGAGCCGCACCAAACUCUUUUUUUUUUUUUUUUGUUUUGGCUUUUUUUGGGUUUGUUUUCCGGCCGAGAGAAAAAAAGCCCCCCACGCUCUUUAAUGAAAGCAUUCUAAAGCGGGGUUGCUGCUCCCCUCCCCUGAGCCGAAGCGGUGCCGGCUGUGGCGAGGAUUUCCCGAGAAGAUGGGGAGGAAAAAGAUCCAGAUCCAGCGGAUCACGGACGAGCGCAACCGCCAGGUGACCUUCACCAAGCGCAAGUUCGGCUUGAUGAAGAAAGCCUACGAGCUGAGCGUCCUGUGCGACUGCGAGAUCGCCCUCAUCAUCUUCAACCACUCCAACAAGCUGUUCCAGUAUGCCAGCACCGACAUGGACAAGGUGCUGCUCAAGUACACCGAGUACAACGAGCCCCACGAGAGCCGGACCAACGCCGACAUCAUCGAGACGUUAAGAAAGAAAGGUUUUAACGGCUGUGACAGCCCAGAGCCCGACGGCGACGACUCCAUAGACCAGAGCCCCUUGAUGGAGGAUAAAUACCGCAAAGGCAGCGAGGAUCUGGAUAUCCUGUUCAAGAGAUAUGGUUCCACAGUGCCCGCUCCGAACUUCGCCAUGCCCGUGACGGUGCCGGUGACCAACCAGAACACGCUGCAGUUCAGCAACCCGGGCAGCUCGCUGGUGACCCAGUCCCUCGUCACCUCCUCGCUGACAGACCCCCGGCUCCUGUCCCCGCAGCAGCCGGCCUUGCAGAGGAACACGGUGUCCCCAGGGCUGCCCCAGCGGCCAGCCAGUGCAGGGGCGAUGCUUGGGGGAGACCUGAACAACACGAAUGGAGCCUGCCCGAGCCCCGUGGGGCUGGCCGGAUCCAUGCUGGGUGGACAUGGCAAUGACAGCAGCAGUGACAGCCCAAGGCCACCCAUCUUUGGGGGAAACGGCUACGUGAGUGCCAGGGCCUCUCCGGGUCUCCUCCCCGUGUCCAACGGCAGCAGCCUGGGCAAGAUCAUCCCGGCCAAGUCGCCGCCGCCGCCGUCGCACGGCGCGCAGCUGGCGGCCAACAGCCGCAAGCCCGACCUGCGCGUCAUCACCUCGCAGGGGGGAAAGGGGCUCAUGCACCACCUGACCGAGGACCACCUGGCUCUGCAGAACACACAGCGGCUGGGUGUCUCCCAAGCAACUCACUCUCUGACCACACCAGUUGUUUCUGUGGCCACUCCGAGUUUGCUGACACAGGGGCUGCCCUUCUCAGCCAUGCCCACAGCAUACAACACAGAUUAUCAGCUGACAAGCGCUGAGCUCUCCUCGCUGCCGGCCUUCAGCUCACCUGGAGGGCUGUCCCUUGGCAACAUCUCUGCCUGGCAGCAGCAGCAGCAGCAGCAACAGCAGCAGCAGCAGCAGCAGCAGCAACAGCAGCAGCAGCAGCAGCAACAACAGCAGCAGCAGCAGCAGCAGCCGCAGCAGCAGCCGCAGCAGCAGCACCUGGUCCCGGUGUCACUAGGAAACUUAAUACAAGGGAGCCACUUAUCCCACACCACCACUUUGACUGUCAACACCAACCCCAACAUCAGCAUCAAGUCCGAGCCCGUCUCGCCCAACCGGGAGAGGAACACUGCCACCCCGCUCAGCACCUUCCCCCACCAGCCCCGGCAUGAGCCCACCGGCCGCUCGCCCGUCGACAGCCUCAGCAGCAACACCAGCUCCUACGAGGGCAGCAGCGAGCGGGACGACCCCGCCCGCCCCGAUUUUGGCUCCUCCCUGGGCCUCCUUCGACCCGGCAGCGAGCCCGAGGGGGAGAGCCCCUCCGUAAAGCGCAUGCGGUUGGAUACCUGGGUCACAUAACGGGGUCCCCGCCAUCCCUGGGAGCUCCUGGAGGGGCUGGGAAGGGAGGGGGAGGGUGAAACGGGUGAUGGGGAUGGGGCUGGGGGUGGUGGUGGUGGUGGUUGGGGGGGGGGAAUUAUCAUAAACUGCCUGAGAAAUAGCUUUAGGAUUUUGUAGGCAUUCAUUCUAGCGCAGCAGGCGACGCAUGCAGCACAAACGGCGCUGGGGAGCGGCCCGGGGUGUGGGGAUGGGGGGCUGGAGUGGGGUAGUGUCCUCACCAAAACCAGCAGCCCCUAGGGAUGCUCCACACUGGCCAGUAGGACCCUCCUGGGGAGUGGGAAUGCAGCCCUGAGGCAGAGCAGCUGCGGCAGGAUGGGAGGCAGAGCACCCCAAAAUGCUCCUUCCUGGCCAUUCCCCUGGGUCCCUGUGCAGGGAGGGGCAGGUCAGACAUGAGCCAGCUCUCUGGGAGCUCAAAGGGCUUUGCUAGGCACAGGUUUUCCUCCAGAAGGGUUUUCCUAAACCAGGAAAGGGAGGUGGAGAGCAGCUCGGGGAUGCAGCCACAUCCACAGCCUGUUUGGGGCUCCUGGAAUUGGGAAGCUGCAUCAGGAGUAAGAGGCAGAUUUUUAAGGCUCAAUCCCGUUUGCAUGACAAGUGGAUGCAGACAUCCUUCCUCCCUGAGCAGGGAACUCCACUGUUCCUGACCAGGGUCACUGGAACACUGGAGUUCUCUUUCCCUCACCUCCACCUGGGCACAGCAGGUGUGUGGAGAGGAGAUCUUAGUGCUGGUUUUGAGAGCAAGUUGUGGAUUUUACCAAACAAAGUCCAUCAAAGCAUUUUAGAAAUGGGUUCCCAUUGCACAUGGGCCGAAGCUUUAAAUGAGGAAAUUGGGAAGAAAUGUAUUUUUUUACUGAAAGAUGCAACUGAAGUCAUGAUCCCAAUGAGAUUUUGCCUGGAGGUUUCUAGGCCUCAAAAGGCAACAGUGAGCUGUGCAGAAAAUCUCCUUGAGCCUUGAGCAGUGAUUUAGUGGAAGGGAAGAGGAAAUACCGAGGAAUUUCCUCAUGUUGCCACUUGCUCUGGCAGUUUCCCAGGGAUGGCUGUUGGUGCCCUGAUCCCAAAAAUGCAUCAACCUGCUCGUGGCUGGAGGGUUUGGAGGAGAAGGGGCCGUUCCUGGCUGGCACAGCCAUUAGGGAUGGGCUUUCUCCCUGCAGGUGCUCGUGCUGGUCCCCCAGUCCCUCCCAGCCUGCUGCCCUGUCCCCCUGUGCAGGGCCACCCCAGCCCCACUCAGCCCUGGGCUCGCAGUCCCAAACUGGCACAAAACCUGCCCGGGUGCCACCUUUGCCAGCUGGAGCUUGGCCAGCCUUGGGGGGCUGUGGAGGAGCUGCCUGGGGUUCAGCUCAACCCUGAGACAGAGCAAAGGGAGAGGAGCUGAGUCAGGGUGGGGUUUAUGCCCCUCCUGGAUCCCUCUGCUGGGUGAGCUCAGCCUUGGGAUGGCAUAAAAACGUCCCAGGAUGAGGGGUUUUACAAACUUUUCCCAACCAAGCAUUUAUCACAAAGUUUCUAAUUGGAAGAAAAAAAAAAAACAAGAAAAAAAAAAGUGCUGAUGAGUAUUGUGCAAUGAAUGGGGAGUGGUUGGAGGAGGAGAGGAAACCCUUCAGGAGCUGGGUGAAAAUCAGGAGCUGGUUUUGUGUGGACACCUGGUGAAGGGGUCAGGGUGGGUGCUCAGCAGUGCUGGCAUUCUGGGUACCCUCACCACCAUCCCUGCUCGUGGAUCAAGGCACGGAGAGAUGUGCCAGAUCAAACCCCCCCCUCCAGACCUCGAAAGACCAAAUUCCUGCCACAAAGGCUUUUCCACCCAAACGACAGCUUUACCCUUUUCCAACCAUACAUUUGGAAUUCCCUCUCCUGCUCCCGUGCUCCGGGAAGGCUUUGGGUGGGCAAGAGGAGGAAAUCCCUGGCAGGUUUUGUGCAGUUGAACCCCCCCGUGUCCCCUCCCAAGCCAACCCAGCGGGUGCCAGGGACAGGCUCGGCUCUCACCUCCGGAAUGUCGGCGUCGGAAGCGGAUCUGCCUCCCUCCCUCCCUCCCUCAUCCCUGCCAGUCCUUGGGGAAGCAGGAGAGAUGCUGUGGACCGUGGUCUUCCUCGCCACGCCGGACGUACCUGGACGCGCACCUGAGCUCUUUGCACGGCCUUGCUUUGGAAAUUAGGCGGGAUAAUGACGUCUCAUCGCUCUCGUUUUAUUGUAUUUUUAUUUUCUUCUUCUUCUUCUUCACGAAAAACAAAGUCAACCCAACGGACCGGGGUCUGCCCCAGCGGGAGCAGCGUGGCAGCAGGGCCCAGCAGAGCCUCCAGAGACCCCGGGAGGAGGUGACAGCAGAGACCCCCCGGCACUCGACGCCGUCGGUGCGGAGCAACCGUCAGGAGUGGGGGGAAAAAAAACCAAAAAAACCCCCAUUUUUGCUCAUUAACUUCACGCCCUGACUCCCAAUUUCACUCUUCUGCCUGGAAGCUGAGAGGCUGGAAACCACAAAACGCAAGAGACAAAAAACUCUGGGUUAGGCAGAUGCAGGUUCAGAUCUGCCUGGCGGGGAAGGCGCCGGAGCGGAGCUGCGGCCGCGGCACUCGACGAUCCCUGGGCUGGUGCCAGGGGCAGGUACAGCCCUGGGCUGGUGCCAGGGGCAGGUACAGCCCUGGGCUGGUGCCAGGGGCAGGUACAGCCCUGGGCUGGUGCUCUGGGCUGGUGGCACGGGCAGGAGCAGCUCUGAGCUGGUACCAGGGGUCGGUACAGCUCUGAGCUGGUGCUCUGGGCUGGUGGCACAGGCAGGUACAGCUCUGAGCUGGUGCCAGGGGCAGGGACAGCUCUGAGCUGGUGCCAUGGUCAGGUACAGCUCUGAGCUGGUACCAAGGGCACGUACAGCUCUGAGCUGGUGGCACAGGCAGGUACAGCUCUGGGCUGGUGCCAAGGGCACGUACAGCUCUGAGCUGGUGCCAGGGGCAGGGACAGCCCUGGGCUGGUGCCAGGGGCAGGGACAGCUCUGAGCUGGUGCCAGGGGCAGGUACAGCCCUGGGCUGGUGCCACGGCUCAUGGGGAGGUGGGAGUGCCCGGGUCAGACACGGCGUUGGCUUCACGUCGCAGUGAAAGGGGUUUGGGGGCUGUUUGUCGGGGUCUUUGUUGGGGGCUUGGGGUUAUUUUAUUAUUAUAUUCUAUUUUUUUUUUUUUUGUUGUCUGGGUCAUUAUCCUUUAUUUCCCCCUCCAGACUGUAGUAUCUGGUAAACUCCUCCUAAUUUUCAAAAGACAACGAGAAGAAUGACAAUCUAAGAAACCAACACCCUCCUUUGUGCUUCUAUAAAUAUGUUUCUGAUCUAAUUUUAUUUCUCGUGCUCAUCUGUACUGUUGACAGUUACAAUUGUGUAUAAUUUUUUUUUUUAAUUUGGAAUUUUUGCGUUGUAUAGGGUUUAGUUUUAAAAUAUAUAUAUAUUUUCCAUUUUUUAAAAAGGGGUGUUGCAAAAAAAAAUUGCACGAUUUAAAUGACAAUAGUUAAAAUGCUGCAGUUUUUAGAGAUGUGGAAGCAAAAUGGAGCUUAUUUAUUCUCAAAGGCUAUAAAGGUGUAAAAUGCAUGAAGAAAAAAAAAACAUUUACAAAAAAAAAAAAGACAAAAAAAGUGUAACCUGAACAAAGUGUAGCGUUAAAGAUUUUAAAGGAUGACAACAACAAGAAAAAAAGAAAAAAACCAACAAAAAAACAGCUAAUAUAUUGUGUUUGGGCUAGUUUGCUUUUGUUUUUAAUUGUUCCUUUUUUGGAGAAUGAAAUACAUUUGUGUAUAUUUUCAUAUAAGAAGUAUGCACUGAGAUGUUUCCAAACUGAUAUAUUCCUUUCUAAACGUGUGGUUACUUA